CUCAGAUAGUCAGCAUCUCUCAUUCUGAAUCCACGGUGAAACAUUUGAAAUAAACCAUGGGUGUGAGAGGACUCACAAGUUACAUUGAAGGAAAUAAGAAACAGUUUUAUGAGGAACGAAAGCUAAAAAACACCAAACUUGUAAUUGAUGGAAACAGCUUGCUCUGCAACUUUCACGUCAAAUCAGGCUUGGACCAGCGGCACGGGGGAGACUAUGAAUCCUUCGCAAACAUCAUCCAACAAUUCUUUGAUGCCCUUACCACCUGCAACAUAGAGCCCUUUGUCGUGAUGGAUGGGGCGAUUGAUUACAGUGGCAAGAAAUUUCCAACACUAAAAGAGCGAGUCCAGGGCAGGAUCGAGUUGGCUAGCAAGAUGUCAAGUGGGAAGGCAAGGCAGUCCCAAGUUUCUCCCUUCACACUCCUCUCCAGAGCGGUCUUCAGACAGAAGCUGUCCAGCCUUAAUGUCCCCUUUAUCUACUGCAUGUUUGAGGCUGACCAAGAGGUUGCCUGCUUGGCCAAUAAGUGGAACUGUGCAGUGCUAAGCAAGGACAGUGAUUUCUAUAUCUUCGACUUGAAGGGUGGGUACCUCCCAUACGAGUUUUUCGAGUGGCACAACAUCAGCAUGUGCCAGGAGACCAAGGAAAGGUACAUUCCAGUCUCCCAUUUCUCCAUCAACAAUUUCUGUGCCUGCUUCAAUAACAUGAACAAAGAGCUGCUCCCUCUCUUUGCGGUGAUUGUUGGCAAUGACUACACCAGCCCAAGGUCCAUGGAUGCGUUUUUCAGCCGGGUUAACUUCUCGCAAGUGGCCCAGCCUGCACACUGGUGGAUGCACGCCCGCAUUGAUGGCCUGCUCCAUUGGCUGUCCCAAUUCCCUGGGCCGGAGGAAGCGAUGGAUGAAGUUCUUGUCCGAGACAGUGCCCAGGAUAUCACUCAGGAUAUAAUCUCCGGAAUGCAGGAGUACAAAGUCUCCCACAGCAACCUGGCGCAGUACUUCAUGCACGGAGCUUCAGUGGACAACCUGGCAAAAUACUACACACCAGCCAACCUCCCGGAGCCUGUGAGACACUUGCCCGAAUGGCUCCUGGAUAGACUGUCCAGGGGCCACUUGCCCUCUUUCAUUCUUGAUGUCCUGGUGCUGCAGAAAACCAUACUGGGAGUGCAGGUGGAGAACUGCCAGCUUCCCAGCAGCCACACAACCUCCCUGCCAAUCCGCCAGGUCUUCUAUGGCCUGCUUCUGGAUGGGAAUAGGAAGCUUCUCCAGGGGCAAGGCAGCGAGCAGGGAGAGACCACAAAUCCAACCGAGGGCAGCCCGCUUUACCAUGUGCAGGAGUUUGACAGGCAGGGUCUCAAAUUCCAGGGAGCCUCCAUUGACGCCAUUCUUCCAAGUGGGAUCCAGCAGCUGCCUCUGGAGAAACUGAAUGAGGUUCUCCUGGAGACUCUGGGAGCAGACGAGUCCAUUACUAUAGCCGAUCGCCCCCACCUCAAUUUACCUGUGUGUGUUACCUGCUACUGGCUAAGCAGCUCCAAGCCCAAACCUAACCUGCAGAUGGUCCAGGCUCUGCUGCUGGGCAUUGUGUAUGGAGAACUCUGCAGACUUGGAGGCAGCCAGAGAGGCCCAGCGGCUGAGUACCCAGGCGUGAGGGCAGUCUGUAAUAGGCUGGGCAGGCUACGGGUCAGAGCGAAUGAGAGGAGAGGGCCUGAUUUGGAUGUGGCCCAUGCUUACAGCCAGUGGCAGUCCUGCCUGUGGAUGAGCAUCUACCUGAACCAGCUGCUCUGCUGUCCACUUCCAGAGCCAGAGUGUGCCUGGCUGUACAGUGGGACAUUCGUGCACGGUGCUGUGGUGGAGAUGAAGUGGGGCAGUACCCCAGAGGACCUGCUGAUGGGAGCCCCCUUUCCUGCACAGCUCUACAGGGACAUCCAAGUGGCGGUGCAGCGCUCUGUGGGUGCUGACUUUUUCAGACCCCCGUCCAGGAAGUGGGUGAAUGCCAGCUUGGACCAGCGGCACGGGGGAGACUAUGAAUCCUUCGCAAACAUCAUCCAACAAUUCUUUGAGACCCUUACCACCUGCAACAUAAAGCCCUUUGUCGUGAUGGAUGGGGCGAUUGAUUACAGUGGCAAGAAAUUUCCAACACUAAAAGAGCGAGCCCAGGGCAGGGUCGAGGAUGCUGGCAAGAUAUCAACUGGGAAGUCAAAGCAGUCCCAAGUUUCUCCCUUCACACUCCUCUCCAGAACGGUCUUCAGACAGAAGCUGGCCAGCCUUAAUGUCCCCUUUAUCCACUGCAUGUUUGAGGCUGACCAAGAGAUUGCCUGCUUGGCCAAUGAGUGGAACUGCGCAGUGCUAAGCAAGGACAGUGAUUUCUAUAUCUUCGACUUGAAGGGUGGGAGGGUUCUCCUGGAGACUCUGGGAGCAGACGAGUCCAUUACUAUAGCCGAUCGCCCCCACCUCAAUUUACCUGUGUGUGUUACCUGCUACUGGCUAAGCAGCUCCAAGCCCAAACCUAACCUUCAGAUGGUCCAGGCUCUGCUGCUGGGCAUUGUGUAUGGAGAACUCUGCAGACUUGGAGGCAGCCAGAGAGACCAGCUGCGAGAUCAGUUCGUCUUCGGCAUUUCCAGCAAGGAACUGCGCCGAAAACUACUGAACGCAGCCAGUGAUAACGAAUUAACGUGGCCGAAAAUGAUCCAGAUAACAAAUAACUUCGAGUGCACCAGCAUUGGCUUGCAGUCCAUCCAGAGGGGACCGUCAUCACCGCACCUACGAGCUGACCAUGUAGGCCUGCAGCAACGGGGGGCGAAGCAGCGCGAGUUCAGAAUGGGGAGAACGGAGCCAAGAAGCAACACCGGCAGCGAGUGCCAUCGAUGCCUGGGAAAAGGGCAUGCACCAGGCGACCGCCGGUUUAAAGAGUUCCAUUGUCGAGGAUGCGGCAAGACGGGACAUUUGGAGCGAGCUUGCAAGACCAAGCACCCCGACCUCCACGCCACCGCCAAGGAGCAGCAGCGGCGGCAGACUGGUGGGUCGGCGAGCCGUUCUUUUCAUUCUCGAAGCGGUCCAGAAGUGAACUUUGUGGACAAAACGGAGAGCACGACUGAAGGCCCAGUGGCUGAGUACCCAGGCGUGAGGGCAGUCUGUAAUAGGCUGGGCAGGCUACGGGUCAGAGCGAAUGAGAGGAGAGGGCCUGAUUUGGACGUGGCUCAUGCUUACAGCCAGUGGCAGUCCUGCCUGUGGAUGAGCAUCUACCUGAACCAGCUGCUCUGCAGUCCACUUCCAGAGCCAGAGUGUGCCUGGCUGUACGGUGGGACAUUUGUGCACGGUGCCGUGAAGGAGAUGAAGGGGGGCAGUACCCCAGAGGUUCUGCUGACGGGAGCCCCCUUUCCUGCACAGCUCUACAGCGCCAUCCAAGGGGCAAUGUGGCACUCUGUGGGUGCUGACUUCUUUGCCCCCUCCUCCACAAAGAAGAGAAGAGGACGGAGGCCAAAUAAGCGGGGCAGAGCCCCACGUGCCCAAGGUGUGGUGAACAGGUUCGCUCUGUUAACAUGCGAGGAUGACGAUGCUGAUGAAGAGUAG